AGAAAACAGGGAACCCUAACUACUCGUAAAUAUAAUUUUAGACGAAUAAAACAGGGAGCCCUAAACCUCUGGCACACAGAGGAACCCAAAAAUUUAUUACCGAGGCUAACUUUAACAGCUCACAAACCUUCCAUUUGGACAUCGUUGUAAAUGAUGAAGUACUUGAAGCCCCUAAACUUGUACCAGAAGUUGUUAAAGGUUCGUGAUGUUGAACGAGGCCGAUUUCUUGGUCUUGAUGUUGGUAAUAAGUAUGUCGGUUUGGCGGUUUCAGAUUUUAACAACAAAGUGGCUUCACCUCUAAGUGUUCUGGUUAGGAAAAAAUCGAACAUUGGUCUUAUGGCUAUUGAUUUUCAACACCUGAUGUCAGAACUCUCUAUAUCGGCCUUCGUUGUUGGAUAUCCCUAUGUCAGAAGAAGUUACUGUCCAGAUGCUGCCCAAGUGAAAGCGUUUGUUGAUGAACUUUCUGAAACUGGGAAACUUGAAGACGUGCAAUAUACCUAUUGGGAGGAAUGCUUCACCUCAAAAAAUACGGAGCUACUGUUGAAGCCAUUGAAUAUCUACCCAUUAUCAGAAGCAAAAACAAUUAGUGACAAAUUUGCGGCAGUUGGAAUAUUGCAGGGAUAUUUGGAUUACGUGAACAGGAAUGUUGCAACAGAGCAAAGCCAAUGAGCACCUCUAUCGUGGACUAUAAUUUGUCUCUAACGAAAUUGGUAUUGCUGAAGUAUAGGUUGCAUAUGAAGUAAUCUGACACCAAUAACUAAGUCUUGCAUUCUUAACAUGAUGUGGGUUGCCUUUGAAUUGUAAUCUCAUUAUAAUAUUUAUCGAUCAGUAACACCAGUUGCUUUGAGUGGUGUAAGGUCCAUCAUAUCUGAUAAGUUUGUAAUAACAAUAUAAAUAGUAUUAGGUUAUGUAAGGUCGUCUUGUUUUGAACUA